AGCCGGUCGCUACUUGCUUACUUCGAUAUCAAAACGUUCCCAGCCAGGACUCGAAACGGUCAGAAACUUCUUGGACAGCGAAGCGUACGGUUGUGCUAGAGACUAUUUCGAAGGAUAUCUGAUAUAUAUUACAAGGAAAAACUGGUUAAGAAAUUGCUAGAGUUUUGUUGGUUUGCUGGAGAAACUAGAAGCAUUGGUGAAAGAAGACACCUUGUGCGGAUGCUGAGUGAUGAUUGCAUAAGAAGGACUAGUGGAAAAAGGGACGAUACUUCUGAGAACUUGCUGGUGAAGAGUUUUCUGAGUGAAAUUGAUUGUGUGGGAAAAAAUUUGGGAUCUCGAUUCCUGUGUCAAUAGAACUUCGGUGAUAUAACGAACGAUAACGGUAAAUAUUGUGUGCGAUAACGGAACUGUUUGGAAACAAACGCGCUAAAUAUGGAUCUGGCGUGCAAGGAGAUUAUCUACGACGAAGUGGACAGUCAGUUUGCCGAACCGGACCCGACGAUGGUUGCGGAUGCUCGAGUCAUUCAGAACUUGAUCAGUCUCGAGCGACUGACGAUCCCGCCCUGCAACUACUUCGGCUCGGUACAACGGGACAUCAAGCCGAACAUGCGCAAGAUCGUCACCACUUGGAUGCUGGAGGUAUGCGAUGAACAGAAGUGCGAAGAGCAAACCUUCCCGCUGGCGGUGAACUUUUUCGAUCGGUUCCUUUGUGCAUGUCCGAUUGAUCGCUACCACCUGCAGCUGCUAGGAUGCUGUGCGCUUCUGUUGGCCUCCAAGAUUCGCCAGUGCCAUCCGCUGUCUGUGGAUGUGCUUAGCGCCUACACCGAUCAUGCCGUCUCUCCCGAUCAAAUUAGGAGCUGGGAGCUCCUGCUGAUCAGCAAGCUUGAGUGGAACAUCACCGCGGUAACCGCUUUCGAUUACGUCGAUCAGAUCAUGGAGCGCGCCAAAUGGGGCGGCGAUGACUCCCGGCUACGAGAACACGCACACACCCUCAUUCACGUCUGCAGUACCGAAACAAUCUUCAUGCAACUAGAACCCUCCCUACUGGCGGCGGCCUGUAUCGCUUCCGCAACCCGUGGCCUGAACGUUUCCACCAAACUGGCCGUCGGUUACGAUCUGUGCCGGCUGACGAUGCACGAUCUGGCCAAGAUCGAUUUCAUUGUCAAAAUCAUCGAGGAGAUCGUCGCCCGGGAGAUCGCCGAUAAGCAAAUCCAACAGCAGCAGCAGCUGGCUGCCACGGCCGGAAGCUGCAAGGAUCAGUACCAGCAGGCUCCGCAGAAGUGCAGUUCCAGUGGCACCACGAACGCUGGCCAGCAGCCCCCGGCCCAGCAGCAGCCCGAAACGCCGACCGAUGUGCAGUUUAUAUACUUUUAAAUCAGCGAGUUUAUUCACUGGGGAAAGGUAGGAUCUUCUAGCCGGGUAGAGGGCGCUGCUGUUGAGUAUUUUUAUUACCUUUAUCUGAUUCUAAAUACUGUUGAAAUUGCACUUUUACACUCUAAAUCGAUUAUUAGCCCGUAAGUCAACGGUCGAAGAAGGCGCCAUUCUUCGGCUCGAAACUGCCAAAACAAUGCACAAUAGAUUCGUAAGCAUGUCAAUGGGGAAAAAUACUUUAGGCAAAACGCAGGCGUUAAUCGUCAUCCGUCGCCAGCAUUAUGGGCCCGUAAAGUUUUGAUUUACACACUGAUUCUGUCUUGCUAGUUUAAGAAACAAACAGUGCCAUCCAUCAUACACUUUACCCUUACCCCACCGCGUCGACGUUUGACGUUUUCAAACUUUUGACAGAUGGCUCAAUGUUUUAUUGUACAUAUAUUUACCCGUUGAAAGAUACAUACAUGUUCAAACAAAUGCAUUUAA